AUGAAUGGAACCUUUGAUCUACAAUUUGCAUCCUCUUCCGAGCGAGCUGGAGCUGGAACCAGGAUGAAAGAUGAUGGGAAAGAAGCACAACUCACUCAGACUCCGAUCCUUUUUCAGCCUUGUAUCAACGAGCAACCUGCUGAUGAAAUCAUCUCAAUCAGCAACGUUGUAUCGACUCGGAUAGGAAAUGAGAACCCUUUGGAUGAUAUUCAGCAUGUAGUUGCUUCCUUACCAAAUGUCGAGGAAGUUUCGCAUCGAGCUGAAUCAAUUCUUGGAGUUACUAAGGAGUCAAGAACGGCAGACACCACACAACACCGACCAGGUCAUUCGUCCACCGAAAGUCUACGUUCCCCUACUUUUUUGGCAUGUCCUGGGGAUUUUUGUCCUUUGUAUACUGAAGUUUUGCCAAAUGAACAUGUUGAUACAGCUCAGAGUCGUGCAAGUAACGAACAUACACUAUUGACUGUAAACACAAUGACAGAGGAGCCAAACAUGACACUUUUACAGGGUGCAAUCGCGCGAGCUGGAAGGGCGUGUAGAGAACGUCUCAGAUUACGUCACUCGCCAAUUUCUCUCCACUUGAUGGCACGUGAGAUGACAGCUAUGACGGACGGAAACACAUUACAAACCCAUGACCCAGUAGCUACCCAUCAGGGUGAUAGAAUCUUGGUUCUGGCAUCCGACACAGAGUCUUCUUCCUUUUUGAAUUUAUGUGCUUGGGGUGAAAGUGUGGAACCAAGAGAGGAUCCAGCUUCAUAUCAGACCCCAGCUCUUCGUCGAGAAAGCCCCUUGAACCCACAGGGAUUGAUGGUAUUAGCCGUGCCGCAUACGUCUGAUUUUUUUUCAGCGAGUUCUUCUAAUGUACAGAAUAGAUUUCACGUUGCUUUUGGUGUGACAGAGGACUCAAGUAACCCAAAUUCAAACGCGAAUCAAUCUAAUUCACGUACCGAUAACCUUCUAAUGGUUGACAGAAGCCUAAAUACGCCCAACAUGGGUGGCGAGUUGUACCUGCAUACUGGGGGCUUGUAUUCGUUUGGGGGUACACAAGGAGCUGCUGGGACUUUCAGGCAAAGAAGUGUCACACGGACGUUUGGAGUAUCUCCUACUUCGCAUAGUACAGUGAGCGGUAUCAGUGGCAAUGCAGCCGAGUACCCAUUCACGCCCUUGUUUAGUAAUAACCUGGACGGUAAUUUGAUUGGAGAAAAGGCGUUCCUCUUGUCUUCCUGUCAGGAGCAAAUUCCACCCUUUAGAAAGCCUUUUGAUGUAACACCUCUUUUUGAAAGGGCGGAUUAUGUUCUAGAAAAUGCGACGACACCCCUUGUACCUGUAUUACCUUCUUCACUUCCAGAUAGCGAGGAAGUGGUCGGAACUUCACAAGACUCUCUUACAUUGGGAUCAAUCUCUUGGUUGAAUUCAGUUGUCGGUGCGGGUGUCAGGCGGCAACAUGUGCGACACGGUGAUCAAGACGUUGGAGAGGAGGACAUGGGCAAUUCGUUGGAAGUCACAGGGGUGGGUGGGGCGAAGGAUUCAACUGGGGUGACAAUUGGAGAAAGUAGUUGGAAUCAGCAGACUACGUAUAUUGUUGAUGCGUCAUCAGGAAUAAUUAAACUAGCAAAAUAA